AUGGCUGAUGAACAGAAUGAAGCCUUAGGAUAUGUCUGUGUUAUAGUUGCUGUUUUAUGUUUUGGUAGUAACUUCACUGUAGUGAAGAAAUUUCCAACAGGAGAUGGGUUUUUCUUCCAAUGGGUAAUGAGUAUUGGGAUUCUUAUUGUAGGAAUUUUUUCUCUAUUGUUUUACAAUGUUAUUAAUAAAGGAAUCAUUUACUUUGAACCAUUUGCCAUGUUAGGAGGGUUAAUUUGGUGUACUGGUAACUUACUUUGUGUUCCAGUGAUUCAGUUAAUAGGUCUUUCACUUGGACCAGGCAUUUGGGGUGUUGGAAACAUGGUUAUGGGGUGGUUAACUGGGACAUUUGGGUGGUUUGGACUGAAUUCUGAUAAAGAUAAUGUAAACAUUUUCUGGCUUAAUUGUGUUGGUGCAGUGUUGGCAGCUUGUAGUGUUCCUUGUUAUGCCUUAAUUAAAACAUCUACUAAAGCGGAAAGAGAGGCUUUGAAAAAAGCGGAGGCAGAAGCUAAAGACAACGAAAUUGAAUUAUCAAAUAGUAAAGAAAAUAAAGCUGAAACAUCUAAAAAUUCUUCUUCUUCUUCGAGUAGAAGUAGUGAUGAAAUUCAACACCCAGAAGAAGAAGACAUUAAAGAAUUGAAUGACAAAGCAUUUGAACAAGAACCAGAAGAAGAAAAUACCACUAUUUUAGUAUCAGAAGAAGAGUCUCCAAUCUUCAAAUUGUUAAAGGCAAUGCCAAAAUGGUUACAAAUGAUUGUUGGGUUAAUACUAGCUAUUGCCUCAGGGAUAUUGUUUGGUUCGGCAUUUGACCCAGCAAAGUAUUUACAAGACAAUGGCCUUGCUUCACCAGAAGGAAUAAACUAUGUGUUAGCUCAUUUCUUGGGCAUUUUUUUGUCUUCAACAUUUUAUUUCAUUUGUUAUAUUAUUACGUUUCGAAAUAAGCCUUUCAUUUACAGGGAAACAAUACUUCCAGGAAUGGUCAGCGGAAUAAUGUGGGCUAUUGCACAAGUUUGUUGGUUUGUGGCUAAUACUAACUUACCUUAUGUUGUGUCUUAUCCAUUGAUUUGUGCUGGUCCUGGUCUUUUGUCUGCAUUAUGGGGAAUUAUAGUCUUUGGAGAAAUAAGGGGAUGGAAAAACUUUCUAUUUUUUGCCAUCGGAACUUUGAUUCUUAUUGGUGGUAUUGUUUGUAUUGUUGUUUCGAAAUAA